CCUGCAUCUACCGCCCCUGAACAAUGGAGGGCCUCCAGCAUCUCGUCAGCCAUGCGGACGGCGUCAUCGCAUCGCAGCAAUACCAGGAUCUUUUGUCGAUUGUGAAAGGCUUCCGAAACGGCGCAGUCUACGGCGCCAAAAUCAGAUUUCCGCAUGCGCUGGUGAUGACCUUGCUCUUCAGGAAGGGAAGCUUGUCGGAAAAGGCCAAGUUUAUUCUCCGUGCAACAUACCAGCACAGCCGAAACCUGGCCUUCUUCGUGGCUAUCUACAAAUCCCUGAUGCUUGUUCUCCGCAAGGUCCGGGGCGGCCAAGAGCAUCACCUGGAUUCGUUCGUCGCCGGCUUGUUUGGAUCCAUGUUCAUCUUUGGCGAGGACAAUCCGAUUAAUCAACAGAUCAAUUUGUAUGUGUUCUCGCGGGUGGUUCUCGGAUUCGCCAAGUUGAUAACCGUCAAGAAAAAGUGGAUCACGGCCCCGAGCCAGUCGUUCCGUAUAUUCGCCGUGGUGACUUGGGGCUGUGUGAUGUGGCUUUUCCGUCAUCACCGGGAGACCCUCCAAGGCUCGCUGCAAGACUCGAUGCAGUAUUUGUACAACGACAGCGACAUCUUUGACAACGUCAUCAACUGGAUUGUCUACAAUAAAUAGACUUGGCUUCGGCAAGCUUGACAGAAAUUGGCCUGCGUACGUCUUUCGCAAAUGACCAUACCAUCCCGCACGCAGAUGCAAGUCACCCACUUCUGGACUCUGAAUACACUCCCAUACAACUCUCUCUCUCACUCUCGUCUCUGAAGCGCUGGAUUGGACAUGCUGCUGCUCGGGAUGUUUGGCUGCACACAUUGUAUUCAUUAUUACAUUAGACGAGCUUUUGAAAGUCGGCCGGAUGCUAGAACAGCUCUAUGUACAGAAUGGCUUUUUGAUCGAACAAACACAACUGCCUUGCUUUCUCACAA